AUGGACCAUGGUUUUGCGAAGCACUUGGCCACUUGGAAAGCAUAUGGUACUGUCUUCACACUUCAGAUGCUGCAUAAUGGCUGGGGUCCUUCAGAUGUCUCUCCCUUCCUCAUUAUGGCAUUGCUGAGCAUCGAUGAGACGCUCGUGGUGGAUGAGACGAUAGUCCAUUUUUUUGACAAGGAAGGCGCCUUGAAAUUGUUACCAUGGCUCAGACUGGGUCUGGAAGCAGAGUUGGAUGCAGAUAUUUCUACAUUUCUGGUAGAAGAGGUUGAUACCGAUCCCCAGGUGGAUCCUGCUGCUGUCGAAGGGAUCUCUCUGGGCCAAUGUGGUGAGUCCACUAUGAUUGUGUCGUUCUAUAACUGCUUCCAGGUGGACCAAAUUCCAGCCGCUAUCGGUGCCAUGUACAACACGCAGGUGUCUGAUGUCGACCAAGUGAUCAAGGUGGUCUCAGUCAAGUAUGAUACUGAAAACAGAUAUUUACACUGUUUUCAACGCCUUUUUUUCCUCCACUUCGAGCGUUAUCUGCAUGGCAGAGAACAUCUGGCUCCUCAAAACCUGACUGCUGCGGGUUUAAUCUCGGAGCAGGCUCAUAGAGAUCAUGAAGAAGAUUCAUUGUUAAGGUCGAAGUUGUUGCUACGCUCCAUCUUGGAUUCUGAGCUCCUACCAGUGGAUGGCUCUUAG